GUCUUCCCAUGCUGAGGUCGCUUGUCAGCAGCACAUCUUCGCCGUCUGCCGUGUGUCUCUCGAGACGUUUGUUGUGCCAAUCCCCUCCCAUUUUGCAGCAGCAGCAACGUAAGCAGUCAUCGAUUGUUGGACAUCAUCGCUCGAGCUCAAGCUUGGGUCUGGGUCUGGGUCUGGGUCUGAGUCUGGGUCUGAGCAGCAAGGCAAGGACGAACGCGAGCUCGAUCUCGAUCCUAAUCUCGACAGACAUGCCGCCGAAACGUGCGGCGGCGACAAAGGCCGCGGCCGAGAGCAAGACCAAGGCAAACGGAGCCGGUCCAAGCAAGCCGGAGGCUGGCAAGGCCAAGGUGGCUAAGGCCUCUGGCGACGGAGACGGGGCCGCGGACGGGCCGGCGGGGCCCGCCCAGAAGAAACAGAGGACGACGAAGGAGGCAGCGGUGAAGGACGCCGAGGAGGAACCAGCUGCAAAGCCGGCUGCCCCUACGUCGCCAAAGAAAGGAAAGGCGCAGAAGAAGUCACAGCCAAAGGGCGAGGACGAGCAAGAAGCAAAGAGUGGCGAACCACCAGCAGCAACAGCGGCAGCGGCCGCGGCGCACCCCUCGGCACCGCCUCCCGGCGGCUCCAAGAUGGACACGACUGCGCCCGAGGAGCUGCCCCGAAACACAUCUGUGCCCGACCCACUCUCGUUUGAGGGAGACGAAAAGAGCAAGAAGCAGGACGGAGACGUCCGGAUCGCGAGCUGGAACGUGACGAGCUUCAAGAGCGUCCUAACAAAGGGCUUUAUGAGAUACGUCGAGGCAGAGCAGGCUGACGUGCUCUUUCUGAGUGAGACAAAGUGCAACGACGUUCCCAUGCAUCCGCGCCUGAGCGAAAUCUACCCGUACCAGACCUGGGGCAUCGGUCUCAAGAAGGGCUACGGAGGCGUGGCACUGCUGUCCAAGCAAAAGCCACUGAAGGUGACAACAGGCCUUGCCACAUCAGCAGGCGAGGACUCGCCGCAAGACACAAAGGGCCGUCUCAUCACAGCCGAAUUCUCCAACUACAUCCUCGCGGGCACCUACGUCGUCAAUGCAGGCGAGGGACUCAAGACGAUGCCGCAGAAGCAGGCGUGGAAUGCCGCAUUUGCAAGGCACCUCAAGGAGUGCGACGAGCGCAAGCCAACCAUCUGGACGGGCGACUUGAACGUCGUGCUUGACAGCCGCGACCUUUCGGCAGCGAGCAAGAAGUGGAACAAGUCGCCGGGCUAUACCGCCAUCGAGUGCAGCCAUCAUCGAGCCGUGCUGGCAGGCACGGCCGUAGAGGGCGCCAAGCCCUACGUCGAUAUGUGGCGCGAGCUGCACCCAGACGCAGUCGGCCACUACAGCUACUAUGGCUACCGAGGCAAUUGUCGGGUCAAGGGCAUUGGCUGGCGCCUCGACUCGUUCAUCGUACCAGAAAGGAUCAAGGGCAAAGUCCGCGCCGUCGAGAUCCGUCACUCCGUCUGGGGUGCAAGCGAUCACACGCCAGUCUACAUGGACAUCAAGGGUCCUCUUUGAGAAGAGCAACUUCUUUAUUCCUCCUUUGUCUAGUAGAUGUGUGGUAGUGCCGCGGUGAGAGAAUAGAUACAUCAC